AUGAGACGCACUGUGGAGAACUUUCGCUCGGCGACAGAGGGCCGCUCGGGGGAGUGGCGCAUGCGCGCAAGCGCAGGCGGGUUGGCGGGAUGGAGUGGUGUGGCGGGUUGGGGGGGUGUGGGCCCCACGCGCAUCGACGAGGACGGCGACGACACCGGCCUGCUUGACGCGUGGCACGUUGAUGACGUGGCGGGAGGGCAGGAGAGGGAUGGGGUUGGGGUUGGGGAGGGGGAGAGGGAGGGGGAGGGGGAGGGCAUGGGGGCGAUGGAGGAAGGGGAUUUGGAAGAAGUGGCGGACUUGGAGGAGGUGAUCGAUGACGAGGCUGACAAUAUCGCAUACGGGGAGGAGGAAGAGGAGGAGGGGGAAGAGGAGGGAGAGGAGGAAGCGAGGGGGGAGGGAACAGCUGCUUCCCGUGAAGGUGAAAGGGGCAAGAAGGGUGAGGAGGAGGGCGAGAGGAACGAGAGGAAAGAUGAGGAGGAGGACGAGGAGGAGGAGGGAGAGGAGGAAGAAGAGGAAGAAGAGGAGGAAGAGGAGGAAGAGGAGGGCGAGUCGGGGGAGGACUCGGACUGGGCACCGGAGUCGAGCAGCGCACAGGGGGACUCGGAGGACGAGGAGGGCGAGGAGGAUGAGGAGGUGCAAGGGCACGAUGGUGACGGCGAGGAGGAGGGGGAGGGCGGUGCGCUGGGCGCAUGGAUGAUGGCUGGCGGCGCUGCGACAGUGCCGUCGCUAUCAGCGGCCCACCGCAAUCCUGCUCUGGCACUUGAGACAAUCUCCCACUGGGGCCGCGGUGCAGGGGGCGACGGCGGACAGGGGGGCGUGGGGGGCGCUGCAGGGUGGGUGGACGAGGGUGAGGAGGGAGAGGAUCGGCAGCAGAGGAGAAGGCGCCGCCACACACAGGGGGACAGCUGGUACAGCAGCGACGAGGGGGGAGGAGAGGGAGGAGGGGCGGCACGGGCGGCGUUGUUUGGAGCUAGCAUGGACGAGAUCUGGGAGGCCGCCACGGGGCCGUCUCGCAAGCGAAGGAAGAUGGUCCGUCCCUUCCCACGCUCUCCCCGUGCUCUCCCCGUGCUCUCCCCGUGCUCUCCCCACGCUCUCCCUAUGCUCGCCCUUCUCCCCCGUGCUUGUAAUUUCUUCCGUGCCCUUGUCUUGUCACACCAUCAUCACCCACACCCCCCCACCCCCCCCCCCAUCCCCCCUCCUCACCCCACAUCCCCUCCGCAGCUGCGCAAGCGGGGGCGGCCCAAGGGGUCGGCACGCCUGUCGCCCGAGGUGGUGGCGCGGCUGGGCGAUGCCAACCUCAUGUACGCCAUGGGGCGCUACAGCCAGGCCAUCCCUCUACUGGAGGCGGUGAUCAGGGAGGUGCCCGCUGUGCCCGACAGCUACCAGACGCUGGCGCUGGUGUACGAUGCAAUGGGGGAGCGGCGGAAGGCCGUGAAUCUGAGCAUGAUCGCCGCGCACAUCACCCCGCAGGACACCGCUCUCUGGCGCCGCCUCGCUGCGUGGUCGCUGGAGCUGGGCAACCCAUCUCAGUCGCUCUACUGCCUCUCCAAGGUGGUGCGGCGGGACCCAUCAGACGUGGAGGCGAGGUGGGAGCAGGCGCUGCUGCUGGCAGAGGCAGGGGACUACCGGCGGGCGGCGGCUGCUUUGGAGCUCAUGCGCGCCCACAGGGAGGCGGACGGGCAGCGAGAGGCUGAUGGGGAGGUCUGCAAAAUGCUGGCGCGGAUGUAUCACCGCAUUGACCAAUCAGACAAGGCCAUCGAGGUCCUCCAGUCGCUCCUCUCCUCCUCCACCCCCUCCGCCCCCGCCGCCCCGCUCGACCUCACGGCGGUCAACAUUCUCGCCGAGCUCUACAUGACAAAGGGAAGCUUCCAGGAAGCUCUGGCUGUGGUGGAGCGCGCGCGGGCUUCACUGUGUCCCGGGGAGGCCCUGCCGGUGGAUCUGGGCGCCAAGGCGGGCACGUGCCUCGUGCGCCUGGGGCGGUUCACAGACGCUCAGCCGUACCUGCAAGCCUUGGAGCAGGAGAGCGCAGGGGACUGUGCGGAUUUAUUCACAGAGGCAGGCGAUGCCUUCAUGGCUGUCGGCCGGGCGGCAGAUGCCGUCCGCUUCUACCGCCCGCUCUGCUGCCACUGGGAUGAUGUGGCACUCGCUGCUGCUGCUGCCGCCGAUGCGGAUGCUGCUGCAGGGGUUCUUGGGGGUGUUGCUGUUGAUUCAGAGGCUGGUGGGGCAGGGACAGCGUCAGAGGGGCAAGGGGGAGGGACGGAGGCGGUAUGGCAGGAGGUGGAGGGGCGGGCGGCGGUGUGGGUGAAGCUGGGAGCGGCGUGUGCUGCUGCUGGGCGCGUGGAUGACGCCGUGCUCAUUCUGCACAGAGGUGCGCAAGCUUGCAUCGGAGGCUGCGGGCGCGCUGUCUGCAUCUCUCUGCACCUUUCUGCCGCUCCUGUGCUUGUGCUUGCAUCUGUGCAUGUGCUUGCAUCUGUGCAUGUGCUUGCAUCUGUGCAUGUGCUUGCAUCUGUGCAUGUGCUUGCAUCUGUGCAUGUGCUUGCAUCUGUGCAUGUGCUUGCAUCUGUGCAUGUGCUUGCAUCUGUGCAUGUGCUUGCAUCUGUGCAUGUGCUUGCAUCUGUGCAUGUGCUUGCAUCUGUGCAUGUGCUUGCAUCUGUGCAUGUGCUUGCAUCUGUGCAUGUGCUUGCAUCUGUGCAUGUGCUUGCAUCUGUGCAUGUGCUUGCAUCUGUGCAUGUGCUUGCAUCUGUGCAUGUGCUUGCAUCUGUGCAUGUGCUUGCAUCUGUGCAUGUGCUUGCAUCUGUGCUUGUGCUUGCAUCUGUGCAUGUGCUUGCAUCUGUGCUUGCCCGCACCCCUGCUUGUUCCUUUCCAUCUCCAUCCUCUGCAUUCCCCCUCUCUCCCUCCUUUACACUUCCUUCCCUCCUUUACACUCUCUCUUCCCUCCUACACUCCCUUCCCUCCUUUACAUUCUCUUCCCUCCUUGACUCUCUUCCCUCCUUUACACUCUUUUCCCUCUACACUCUCUUCCCUCCUUUACACUCUUUUCCCUCUACACUCCCUUCCCUCCUUUUCACUCCCUUCCCUCCUUCACACUCUCUUCCCUCCUUGACACUCUCUUCCCUCCACUACCACUCUCUACCAAUUCACUGCCAUCUUCCGUCUUCGCCCUCUCGUCUCGAGCAGCACGUUGUCCAUCCUCACCGCCACCAUGCACCGGCACUUCCUCUUCCCCGCUGCCCACUGGUGGCAUGCAUGCCGUGGCUGCCCCACCCCCGUCUGCACCUCUCCUCUGCGCUCGCCCUCACGGGUCGCCUGCCAGAGGCAGCGGCUGUGCUGGAGGGGCCGGGGGAGGGCGAGCAGGGGAGGGGCGAGGGGCAGAAGGAAGGGGCAGAGGCAGCACAGGGAGGAUCUCAGGGGGGGGCUUCAGGUGCCACAUGCUCUUCUGCCAUUCCGGAGGGCAGCGCAGUGGGUGGGGCGGGCGAGGGGGCGAUGAGGAAGAGGGGCGGGGCGGCGUGGUGGAAGCUGGUGGAGGUGCGACUGGCCAGGGCGUACCUGUGGGACAAGGCUGACAACGCCAGCAAGGGUGUGGGCUGGCAGGGGCGUGGGCUGGCAGGGGCGUGGGCUGGCAGGGGCGUGGGCUGGCAGGGGCGUGGGCUGGCAGGGGCGUGGGCUGGCAGGGGCGUGGGCUGGCAGGGGCGUGGGCUGCGCAAGGGACUAGAUUCUGUCUGCUUUUCGGGCGGCGCACCCGUGGUGGAGAGGGUGGAUGAGGCAGCUGAAGGAGCUGCUGGGCGAGCAGGCGAGGGAGGGCAAGGAGGGGCUCUACCGCGGGCUCAAGCUGCGCCUGCCGCGUGGCAUUGC